GAACUCACUCGACGUCUACCAACGCCAGGUAUGGGCCAAGGCACGCCGCAUGGGCGGCAUCAUUCCCGCCAAAGAGGUAUUCUCGAGGGAAACGUUCGACGAUGUGCUUAAUGCGAAGAAGGUGGUGUUCCUGGACAUUACCUUGCUCUAUCACGCCUUGGUCAGAUUGUACGACAAGCCUCCGCAAGGGGAGUUCUACAUGGCCCGGGAGAUCUCCAUGAACUUGACUAUGGGCAUGUGGGUCAACAGAGGCCUUCCCGUCAGCCUGCGCAAGACGCUGCACCAACGCACCCGGUGGAUCAUCGAGUCCGGGCUUCCCGAGUGGUAUCGGCUCAGCAUCAUCCAGCGGGCCCAACAGAAGAGCGAGACCGGGGCGCAGAGGGCGCAGUCCUUCACCUUCCACACCAUCCGCGUGGAGGACGUGAGCGGCCUCUUCUUCCUCAUGGUUGGAUGCUUCUCCAUCUGCCUGCCGGCGGCCCUCCUCGAGCACGUGGCGUUCGCCCUCAGCAAGUGUCGCUGCUGUCGUCCUCACGCGUGUGCCCCGAAUAACGCAGCCCUUGGCAAAACGUCGGGCUCUGGACUUGUGUAGUCCAGGUGGCGAACACUUACUGCCGCGCACAACGCUGCCAAUUAGCAGCAAUAGCUGUGCUAGCGU